AUGAAUAGCGGUGGUAGUGAUAGUUUCGAUUAUCUUCUUCAAUUAACAAAAGCUUUAAGUGCAGAGUGUCGGGCUAACAGACAAGAGACCGAUCGAAUAGAACUAUUGUUAAAGCGCCUUGCCAAACAGUCAGGAAUAUCUUAUGAUAAUUUGAGCAAAAACAUAAUUCCAGAUUCAUGGAAAGAUAAUGCAUCUCAAAAAGCAUCUCCCCCCACUGAGGCACAGAAGCUUAUCAGCGAAAAUUUUAAACUCAUAUACGAGAUUGAAAAACAAGAGUACUUCAAUACAAAGGCUGUUGCGCUAAUUAACAACAUAAAUGAGCAUUUCUCAUAUAUUAAAAAUUUUAUCGACGAACAGAAUGCAAUAAGAGAACGAAAUAUUGCCACAUUUUCAUCAGAGAAGCUUGAUGAAAGGAACAAAAGUCUUCAACAAAAUUACGAGUCAUUGAAGACAGAAAAUGAAGAAACAAAAAAAAAAUUGCAUUCAAUUAUCAAACAGUUUGAAAAACUUUUGAAGGAAGUGGAUUGGGAUCGUAUAUCUAAAGAUUCCAGAGAUUACAGCCGCUUUAAAAAACAGUUGGAAUACCUGCAAGACACGUACCAGGUACUGAAAUAG